AUGCUGGGGCUAGUGCGGAACAUGUGCAGGGCAGUUCAGCUGGCGCGCGUGCCGUUUGUGCGGCCGUUGUCGCUGCAGGCGGUGGCGGUAAACAAAAGCGGCGGCAGCGCAGUGUGGAGCGAGCUACGCAGCAUGCGCGCGGCAGCUAGCGCGCCGCUGGCAGUGGCGUGCACGCAAGCCGUGCUGGUGUGGGGUGAGCGCAGCGUGGGCCAAGCGGCGCCGCUGGAGGCGGACAGCGUGAUGCGCAAGCGGCGGACCAAGAUGAAGAAGCAUAAGUGGCGGAAACGCAGAAAGGCGCAGCGCGCAGAGCGGCGGAAGCUUUCGCAGGGACGGUGA